ACAGACAGGAUGGAAUUCCUCCGGCUACACCUCCCUGGGCUGCAUCAGGCCUUGAGGGGGGCACUGGAUUCCUUCAGCACCUUUGUCUCCUACCUCAUGGGAGAUGCAGUCCCCACUGUGGAGAGGGAGGCACAGGCAGCCGAAGAACUGGUGGUGGUGGCUACAGGAAGGCCAGGGAGGACUGUAGAGGAGGAAGCCCAGGAGGCCCUUAAGGACAUUAGAGGCAGCCAAAGAGAGAGGGCUGGAGGGCUAAGAGGGCCUGGAGAGGCUGGAAGACACCAAGGGGGAAGCUCAGUUGCAGAACAGACCUGGGCCUGGGAAGACGGCAGCUCCCAUGGGUCCGAAACAGAUAGGCAGGACACUGGGGCUGCUAGCUGCCAGGAGCCAAGUACCCCCUUGCUGGCUGAAAAGAAGUCUGAGGCAGGGGCUGGGGCUUGCAGAGACAGGAGCGGCCAAGUUCAAGAGAAUCAGGAGCCUGAUGAGCAGGAAGUGAACAGAGGGGAGAGGCUGAGAACCUGGGAACAAGAGGAGGAGGAGGAGGAGGAAGAGGUCAGGGCAAGAGAGCCAGGGAUGGCCAGAGGGGUGGAGUCAGAGUGGACCUGGCACAGGGAGCCUGAGGGGAAGGCUGGUGCCAACGGGCAAAAGGUGGCAGGGGACAGCAGGGAGAUAGAGCAGGUGGUCAAGGAGGCAGUUGUAGAGGAAACUGAGGGGCCUGGGGCCAAAGAGGCUGGGAAGGAAGAAGAGGUGGUGGUCGUGGUGAAGGGUGGCCUAAGCACAGGGGAACAGGGGACACAAGGUCCAGGGGCAGAGUCUGAGGACUGGGCAACCUCUGGCAGAGAGGAGGCCUGGAUAACCUCAGGUAAGGAAGAAGUCAGGACAGCCUCAGGCAGGGAGGACGCUGGAACAACUUCAGACAGGGAGGACAGGAAGGAGGUCAGGACAACCUUGGACAGGGAGGAGGCCUGGACAACCCCCGGCAGGGAAGAUGUUAGGACAACCUCAAGCAGGGACGAGGUCUCGGCGACCUUAGGCAGAGCAGAGGCCUGGACAACCUCAGGCUGGGAGGAAGUCAGGACAGCCUCAGGCAGGGAGGAAACUGGAACAACCUUAGACAGUGAGGAUGCCUGGACAACCUCGUGUAGGGAGGAAAUCAGGACAGCCUCAGGCAGGGAGGAAGCUGGAACAACCUCAGACAGGGAGGACAGGGAGGAGGUCAGGACAACCUUUGGCAGGGAGGAAAGCUGGACAAUUUCUGGCAGGGAAGAGGUUAGGACAACCUCAAGCAGGGAGGAGACCUGGACAGCCUCAGGCAGGGAGGAGGCUGACCUCUCAGAAGACAGGGAGACAGAAUAUGAACUAGUCCCAGGUGAAAGGACCCCAGAAGCUACUGGGAAAGUCUGGGCCCCAGAGGAGGAGGUGGUUGAGAAGAGAGAGGCUGAGGUGAGUCUUUUCCCCAAACAGGCCCAGGCCCUGGGUGCUGAGGGAGUGGAAGAGGCAAUUGAGAGCCAGAGAGCAGGGAGGGAGGCUACCAGAGGCCAGGAAUCAGAGGAGGAGUCAGGCGGGGACUUUGAGGGCCAGGCAGAUCAGAAUAGGAAAGAGCCUGAGAGGAAACCAGACUCCGAGAUCAGGGCUGAUGGGGCUGGGCUGGAGGAGGUAGUACAGGCAGAGGACGUCCAGGAGGAGAAAGAGAGUUGUGGGACCCCAGAGGCUGAGCUGCCUCCGGACAUAGAGGCUGAAGGUGAUGCUGACUUGGAGGCAACCCCAGAGGCCAGGCCUGAGGAGGAGUUCACGGGGAAGAGGAGUGAGGAGGCUCUGAGGAUCAGCGAUGCACCAGGGGUGGAGUGGGAGGGCUUCGAACACAAGGUCACUGAAGGUCAGGAAUCUGAGCUGGUGGAAGGUGCCCAGACCCCAACAAAGCAAUCUGAGAAAGGACAGGGGGGCAAGGAAGAACUCUGGAGAGUUCCAGUGCUGAGCAAAGAGGAUACAGAAUGGAGUCUGGAAGAAUAUCGUGGGCACAUGGGGUCUGAAAAGCCUGAGGUCUUGGAGGCUUUCCCAGAAGCCUGGGAAAACUGGAGAAGGGACGUGGAGAGAGGGACUACCCAGGAGGAAGAUGCAGAUGCUGAAGAGGGGGAGAAGGUGGUUGCAGGAAGCCAGGCCCUGGAGGCCAAGGCCGAAGCAGGCCAAGAUUCUAAACUACCAGAGGCCCCAGAGGCAAGCAGAGAGGAGGAGAAAGCAAAGGAAACAGGAUAUGGAGCAGAGGAGGGAGAAGCCUCUGGAGCAGAGAACCAAGAGCUGGAUGGGAGCAGUGGAUCAGAAGCAGGGACAGGCCAGUCACUGGCAGAGGUAGAUGUCAGAGAAACCAUAGAUGAGGAAAUGGAGGCCGCAAGUCCAUUAGAAGCAGACAGAACAUUCAGCAAAGGUUGGAGGCUAGACAGCAAAGACACACAGACCAAUUCUUUGGCUGCUGGGAUAGUUGAGGAUAUGGUGGUCUUGGAUGAAAGGGCUGCUGGGAUUGGGGAAGCUUGGGAGGGGGAGUUAGAGAGAGGCUGGGACUCAGAAGGGAGACAGGAGGCUGUAGUGGGAGAGAACAGAGGUGGGCAGGAGUCUGGCCUGGAGGGCUCAGCAGAGGAAGAGGUGGUUGGUAGAGGUGGCCAAGCAGAGGCUUUUGAGGUCAGAGAGGGAGAGCCUGGGGGAGGGCAGGUAGAGCCUGGGGAAUCUGUGGGGGCAGAAGGAAACUGUGGGCAAGAUCACUUGACCUUGGACUUCUUAGCAAUGAGGACAGAGGGAACUGGGGUCAUACAGGAGGCUCAGGGGUUUCUAGGAGAGCAGAUACUAUUGGAAAAAGAGAGUGACGAAGGGCAAGUGAGAGAGCAGAGGGGAGACAGGGAAGGACAGCAUGGGGACCACCACCCUGAGGGAGGGGCACCCAGGCCCCUUGAUGUGGCGGAUACCCUGGAUGUGAACGAUAUCAAGGCGACUGGAAGCCAGAGGGCAGAGGCUGAGGAGACUGAUCCAGAAGGCUUGGGGGAUGUCACGGGCCAGGAGGAGCAGCCAACAAACCAGGCAGAGGAUACACUUGGGCCACGAGGGGACGCUGAGACUGCUGAGGCCGCCGGAAGUGCCAGAGGGGAUGCUCGUGGCAGCUGGAGUGAGGCCCUGCUCCCUGGAUCCCGCUUGGAUGUCUCUGUCCCGAGGAGCCGCGUGCUCCUCUCACGAAGCUCCUCACAGCGUCGCUCCCGGCCCUCUUUCCGUCGGGCCCCUACCCCUGAGUCGCUGGAGGACCCAUCGGCCCCCAGCCUCCAGCCCGAGGAGGAGCUGCCAGCCCCUGAGCAGAGACUUCUCCAGCCAGAGGAACUACCAGAGCCAAGCCCUCCGAGACCCGAAGGGACCCCGGUGCCAGCCAGGGGAAGGCCCCUGGGAUACGGAUUUGGCUUUGCACACCCUGGCAUGAUGCAGGAACUACAAGCCAGACUGGGCCGGCCAAAGCCCCAGUGA